AUGGAACCUGACUCUCAAAGUGUUGACUUGCUUGCAGAAUUUGGAGAGGAACUUCCGUCACAUCACAAACUGCGUAACCGUAUCACGUACUAUGUCCGUGAACUCAAUGGCACGCUCACCUACACUUUCAAGCUAGGCGACAAGCCGACGAGAACCUUCGAACUCGAUGGAGCCGACUUUGAAGCUUCCACUUCCGAGCCAGCAGACGAUGUUGACUUCAACAUGGCUGGCACAGCCGUUAGCGCCGUGGGCUUAGACAUUAAGCUUGUCAAGAAUGACGGCAUUAUUGAAAUGCAGUACCAAGGCGAAGGCGGAAACACCGCAGAGUGGGCAUUCGAUGGGCUGCAAGAGACGAGCAGGCAGUCUGGAAUGUAUGCAUCGGCCACUACGCAGACAUGCUUGACGAUUCUCGACCUCAAGCCCACACCCAAGAAUAUGAAUUCGCUCAUCGAUGCGGAGAGUGUAACAGUUCUACGACAGAAGGAUAUCCAAAUCAAGUCAGUUAUUGGCAAAGACAAAGAUGGCACGCUGUGGAAGAUCAGUUGUGGUGGCGCCGCAGAGCGUAUACCUGAUUGCCUGACUAGUCAAGACGAGGUGCUAUGGAAGCCGUAUCAAGGUAUGCACCGGCUGCAAGUCUUCUUUGAGGGCGAUCCCGAAUUCACCUCGUACCACAAUUCGGAGCAGGCUGAUCAAAUAGUUGGGCGCAACAAGGACUAUAACGAGUAUACUCAUCGAAUUCACCUGGAGGACUUUCUUUCUGAACUCAAGUCUUGCCUCAUUUCAGAAGAUAUGGUGAAUAAGAAAAAGAAGAGGAAGAUAAUUCUGAAGCGGCGCAGGAUCGUGAGUGGCUCAGAGGAAGAAUGA